AAACGAGAGAGAACUUGUUUAGACGGAGGGAUGGUGUCAUUCCUUUAGAAGACAUGUAGGGGGAGGGUCCAACAGCUGUGCAUUUGGAAGAAACAGGAGUAGAGACUGCAGAAAAAAGUUAUCAUCGAAAACAGUCUUCCAGGCCUACAGAGAGAGAUAGACGAAUAGAAGGAGAAGGAAAGAGGCAUACAGAUCAAGAUGGCUGACUCUAGCACCGGCAAGCCUAUGGUGGUCACUUCCUCUGUCACUCUCAAAGUUACCGCUCCUUCUUUCUACAACCAACCCAAAAAGUUUGCAUCUGUCGCUCCUCCACGCCCCAAAGCACAGAUGGCCCCAUCACAGCCCUCGUCAUUUGUAAGCAGUGGUGUAAUUGGACGAGUUGGAGAGAUGCCCCCACCCCCUUCAACUCUUUGUGAGGACUUUCCGCCCCCUCCUCCUCCACUGGAUGAUGCAGAGCUUCCAGCCCCUCCUCCAGAAUGCCAAAUCAUACCCCCUGCAUCCGAUGCCCCUCCUCCUGCAUUCCCAGCCCCGCCCCCAGUUGCAGAAGACCUGAACCUCCCAGCACCUCCUGAGGAAUUAACCUCUGUACCUUCUGCCUCAUUCCCCCCACCACCACCACCACCACCACCUCCUCCUCCUCCUCCCCCUGGGACAAGUGCAGGUGUCAGCUCUCAGAGGCUGUUUCAGAAGCAGACCAGUUUUGACAGGCAGUUGGGCUCAUUGACCGAUAUGUUAUCAGAGAUGGAGACCAGCGGACCUUUCAAUCCAAAGUUGCCUAGCCAGUUUUCAUCAGCGCCAAAGCCCGCACCGCCUCCAGUGACCGCUCCUAAGCCUGCCCUUUCUUUUCUGCCCCCUCCUGAGCUGCAGGAUCGUCCUCCCCCUGCCCCUUGGGCUGAGGAGCUACGUGCCCGAACACGACCGGCCAAUCAGAACACCGCAUCUGCCCCCGCACCUGUCCAGUCAUUUACUAAAGCCCCAGCUGUUGCUCCAAAGACCAACUUCCCUCCCAGUCAGCUGAAUUCAAAUUUUGGAUCCAAAACAGUUACUCCAGCACCUUCUGGAGGCGCAAGAGGGUUUAACCACGCUGUUAAAACCCCCGCCCAAAGCUCUUUCCCACCACCUCCACCUGCCGCCCCUCCCGCCCCUGUUCCUCCACCAGCGAAUAUUCCUGCCCCUGCACCUACAUUCAAUCACUCUGAAGCAUCUCCCACUGGCAGUCAGCAGAGCUUUGCUCCGCCUUCUUCUGCUGCGCCUAAAAUAUCGUCCGUCUCAUCAUUCAACAGACCAGCAGGAAACACGGUUCCACCGAAGGGGUCUGGUUCAGGUCCUCGUGGAGCUCCUCUCACUAUGAGAGAAGUAGACGAGCUGGAGAAAAUGACUAAGGACUUGAUCAAAGACAUGGACAAACAUCCUCCUGUGAACACCUCUCCAGCUACAGAGGUGUGCGGUAAAUGUCGAGAGGCUCUGCCUAGAUCUCAGCCAGCAGUAAGAGCGAUGGAUAAACUCUUCCACUCUCAUUGUUUCUGCUGCGUGAGCUGUCAGCGCCCCCUACAGGGCAUGCAGUUCUACGACCGUGACGGAACGCCUCAGUGCGAGGACUGCUACAUGAGUUCUCUGUCUGUGUGUUCCCGCUGUGGGGAGCGGAUCACAGAUCGUGUCCUGAAGGCGGUGGGCCAGUGUUUCCAUGCCCACUGUUUCCUCUGCACUACCUGCGGCUGCACCCUAGAGGGGGCUCCAUUCAUCACCGAUGACAAAAACAACCCUUACUGUGUCAAAGAUUACCAUCGACGCUUCUCUCCUUUUUGUGUAAGCUGCAAUGAGCCGAUUGUUCCCGACCCUGGAAGUGAAGAGACAGUCAGGGUUGUUGCCUUAGAGAAGAACUUUCACCUGAAGUGCUACCGCUGUGAGGAUUGUGCUCGCCCCCUUUCCAUAGAGGCAGACGCUGAUGGCUGCUAUCCAUUUGAUGGCAAAAUUCUGUGCAUGAAAUGCCAUACCCAACGUGCCAAGCAGGCCAAAAACUGAUUGGUGGAACUUGCCACAAACCUAAACCAAAUUUAAGACACACAGUUGGCGCAAAUGCAUUUUGAAAAUGCAUUAACCGUAUGUGUUUGAGAGCGUUGUACUUCUCUCAUACGUUUCACAUUGUCAUUUUCUCAUUUUCCUCAUGUUUGCUCAAUGACAGUUUCGUCGUCUCUCGAACAAAGCUCUGCUGCUUUUUCUGAAUGGCCUUAUUCAGAGCUUGCCCUGGUGUCUUUCUUAUAGGGAUUGAUGUGUGAGCACAGUGUUAGUGCCUCCAUGCUGAAUGUUACAUACGACAGUUUUUACCCCUAGAUUAAUAUGUAAAGUGUUAGAGAAGUGAUUUUUAGGACUGUUUUUUGGCUUGAUUUUUUUUUACUGUAGUGGCUGAUUCGGUGCAGAGGUAAUGUACUGCACUGCCGUCUCAGCUCAGCGAGCUGUACGACUCCCAGCAUGCCUUUAAAAAAACUCAGAACAUCCAUAAAUUGUACCACAGCUGACUACUGAGGUGAGACGUAAAGUCUGUGUAUCCAUAGCCAUCCAUGCACUUUAAAUAAGGCUUUCCGAAACAUACCUUUUAGUUGCUGAGAAGGGCUCUGUGUGAAAUGUAGUCACGACAAAUGUAAAAGAAGCAAAAACAAAGGCAGGGAAAGGUGAAAGAACAACGCGAUUUGUGUAUUUGUCAGGCAUGCUUCAUUUAUAGAACUGUUUACUUGUAAAUGAACAAAUAUUUUAAGAAGCACAUUCGUUUUGUCCUAAACCAUAUUGAUUAAAAUAUGUGAUGAUACAGCUGAGUAAGUUUGCAUUGAUUAUCACAGCCAGUAUCAGUUCAGUGGUUUUUCAUUCCUUAUAUUGCCAGAGGUGUUUAGCGAUUGCACAAAUGUAGGUCGGCUUGAUGAAAAAGUAUUUCCAAAGUAAACCACAUCAGUUGACUGAUCAAGUGUAUGACAUUGUAGCUAAAGCUUUUUAAAAACAUCUGGAUUAUGGAUGGUAUUAUCAUCACUAAGGCUUCAGGAUCUUUUGGUUGUAUGGAGCAGAAUUAAUUCAACAUCACAAAACUGAACAGUUCAUUUUUAUAAUUUUUGUUUAAAAAUAACUGUUACUGUACUGAACAAACUGAACUCUGAAAUGUUGAAUUUUUAACAGUCACCAUUGCCUGUGAUUACUGCACAAAAUUCCAGGUUUCCACCUUUACCAUUUUAGUUCGUUAGGUUCUGUUUUGUUUCAUUUUUUUUGUGUGUGUGUGUGUGUGUUUAUGAUAGCAACUACUGUCUCACUAACACCACUUAUUUUGGCUUUAAGGUAGCGCUGAUAUCAUUUUGAGAAUUACAUCUGUUUUUACAUAACUCAGAAACAUUUUUGUUUUGUUUCUCUAUGCACCUGUUUCCCUCGACUAUCUUGUUCUCGUAUUUGAUGUAACCGAAUAAACCGAUGGCUCCCAUCAUAAAAAAAUCUUACAUGACCAAAUCCAACACAUUAUGCAUGAUUUGUUGUUUUUGUUAUUACUGUGUUUUUAUACAUCAUGUUUCACAGUUGCCUCAUUUUCAUGCUGGUAUCACAAUACUGCUAAAUUCAGUAAGCUGUUAUUGACCAUUUGAACACUUAUGGUUUAGCCUCCAUGUGUAUUUACCAUUUACUAGUACUUUGUCUCUUUUUUUUGUCUCUUUUUUUUGUCUCUAAAUUCCUCUCUAAAUAUGUGAAUGUGCGCGUGUUUACGGUCGCGUGUUAUUUUUGCUAUAAUUGUUUUCCUUCCACAUUUGUACUGUAUUCUGAACUAAUAAAAGUAUGAAAUUGA